AUGGCCGCGAAGUCGGACGGGCGGCUGAAGAUGAAGAAGGGCGGCGAGGUGGCGUUCACGCCGCUGCAGAACUCGGAGCACUCGGGCUCGGUGCAGGGGCUGCCCGCCGGAGCGGGGCCGGGCGGCGGCGGCAGCGACGACGACGAGGCGCCCGGGGGCGGCUGCUGCAGCGGCGGCGGCGGCGGGGACGGCUCGGGCGGCGGCUCCCGCUGCUGCUGCGGCGGAGGAGGCGGCGGCGGCGGCGGGGGCCCGCGGGGCUCGGGCGGGGGCUCGUCGUCGCUGUGCCUGCGGCUGGGCCGGGAGCAGCGGCGCUACUCGCUGUGGGACUGCCUCUGGAUCCUGGCCGCCGUGGCCGUGUACUUCGCGGACGUGGGCACCGACCUCUGGCUGGCGGUCGACUACUACGUGCGGGGCCAGCGCUGGUGGUUCGGCCUCACGCUCUUCUUCGUGCUGCUCGGCUCGCUCUCCGUGCAGGUCUUCAGCUUCCGCUGGUUCGCGCACGACUUCAGCACCGAGGACAGCGCCGCCGCCGCCGCCGCCUCCUCGGCGGGGCACUGCCCGGCGGCCGAGAGCAAGCUCCUGGUGAGCAGCAGCUCGGCGCCCGCCGACAUGGACGCCCCGCGCCCCGGCGCGCCGCAGAGGCAGGCGUCCAACGCCAGCAAGAGCAACGCCACCACGGCCACCAGCAGCAGCAACAGCAGCAGCAACGCCGCCAGCACCAGCCCCGGGGCCAGGGCCGGCCGGAGCAGGUCGGCGUCCUGCGCCUUCUGCAUCUGGCUCCUGCAGUCCCUCAUCCACAUCCUGCAGCUUGGCCAGAUCUGGAGGUAUUUCCACACUAUAUACUUGGGUAUCCGCAGUCGACAGAGUGGAGAGAAUGACAGAUGGCGGUUUUAUUGGAAAAUGGUAUAUGAGUAUGCAGAUGUGAGUAUGCUGCAUUUGCUAGCCACGUUUCUGGAAAGUGCACCACAACUGGUUCUGCAGCUCUGUAUUGUUGUACAGACUCGGACCCUACAGGCUCUCCAAGGUCUUACUGCUGCAGCAUCUCUUGUAUCCCUGGCUUGGGCUUUGGCUUCCUAUCAAAAAGCCCUGCGUGACUCCCGCGAUGACAAGAAACCCAUCAGUUACAUGGCUGUUAUAAUUCAGUUUUGCUGGCAUUUCUUCACAAUUGCAGCCAGGGUCAUUACUUUUGCUCUGUUUGCCUCAGUUUUCCAGCUAUACUUUGGGAUCUUCAUCGUCCUCCACUGGUGUAUCAUGACCUUUUGGAUUGUCCAUUGUGAGACAGAAUUCUGCAUCACCAAAUGGGAAGAGAUAGUGUUCGACAUGGUUGUUGGAAUAAUCUAUAUCUUUAGUUGGUUCAAUGUCAAGGAAGGAAGGACACGCUGCAGGCUUUUCAUUUAUUAUUUUGUGAUCCUUUUGGAAAACACCGCCUUGAGUGCUCUCUGGUAUCGGUACAAAGUCCCACCAAUUUCUGAUGCAUUCGCCAUACCAGCACUGUGUGUGGUGUUCAGCAGCUUUUUAACAGGCAUUGUUUUUAUGCUGAUGUACUAUGCCUUCUUUCAUCCCAAUGGACCAAGAUUUGGGCAGUCACCAAGCUGUGCUUGUGAGGACCCUGUAGCUGCCUUCACUCUGCCCCCAGAAGUGGCAACAAACACUCUAAGGUCUAUCUCUAACAAUCGGAGUGUCACAAGUGACCGGGACCAGAAGUUUGCAGAGAGGGAUGGGUGUGUGCCUGUCUUUCAGGUGAGGCCCACUGCACCUUCUACGCCUUCCUCCCGGCCACCAAGGAUUGAAGAAUCAGUCAUUAAAAUUGAUCUCUUCAGAAACAGGUACCCAGCAUGGGAAAGACAUGUGUUGGACAGAAGCCUAAGAAAAGCUAUCUUAGCAUUUGAAUGUUCCCCUGCUCCUCCACGGCUACAAUAUAAAGAUGAUGCCCUUAUCCAGGAGCGCUUGGAAUAUGAAACCACAUUAUAAAAAAAAAAAAAAAAGUGAAGACUUGAAAAAGUUACUACGUUACAGUCCAAGUUAGGGGUUGACAGUAGGGCUGUGGCAAUAACUAAACUGCAUACUACAAUAGAGAAACAAGCAGUAGUGUUCUUAGUCUGGCUAUCAUCAUGAUUAUCAUUUGAUCCACAGUAUGCAGUCUCUCUGCAGUACGCUGAUAAAGCAGCCUCACCUGAGACUAUCAGAAAAACCAAUUACUUCAACAGGGAUAUAAACCCCGGGGCCAUGACUCCUUGCUGCUAUGAAACUCAACUGCACAGUACUUACAAUCAAAACAACAGGAAGGUUCUGAUGAAAGCUUUCAACAUUGACCAGUAGUGCAUUUUAUUUUAGAAAUGAAUUAUUGAUAUUUGCAUAUUCAUUGACAAAUGAAAACACCUUGGCAAAAUAGCUUAGUUGUACCAUAUAAUAAUAUUGCUGUUAUGAAAACUGAUUUCUGCAAAAAUGACAGGGGUAUAAUCCUCAACUCUCCAGCAGAUAAACUAUUCAGUUUAGAACAGAUUUGCAAAAUAGUUCUCAAUCAAAAAGUACAUCAUCAUGUUUGCAAACCAAUCAAUGCAAAAUAAGCUAAAUUUCAGUGAAAUGGGGCAUAAGCAUUAGCACCAAUCAAACUGUUAGUUUUCUAUUGAAGUCAAGAUUCUUUUUAAUUACAAUUUCAGUUGAAGAAGUUUCUUUUGACAGAAAUCCUAUGCAGCUCACUUCUGCUUUUCAGGAGAAACAAUGAGCUCUCGCACUUAGUGAUGUAAUUAAAUGAUAAUCAUGAUUCAGUAUUCAAUUUGCAAAAAAAAUAUAAAAAUAGAAAGAACAAGCUUUCAUAGGUUUCGUACUCUAGACCUUUGGAGGACCACAUUCAGAUUUUAAGAGGAAACAUCAGGAAAUGAACAUACUAAUUUAAAUCUGUUUCAGGACUCAGAAUGCAUGGCUCUGUGUGUGAAUGUAUGCAGGUGUGAUCAGAGACUGUGACAUGCCAUACCCUUCUAGUGCCAAACACUGUAUGUCUACAAGAUUGAUAUUAUUGCCUGAGAGACAGAAAAUGAGUGGCAUGAGCCCUACAAGAGCAGGAAGCAGAAAAGAACAAUCAAGUUAUCCACGUGUACAGACAGCUCUGUUUUUACCCCAUCCAAGGUGAAAGUGAUGUCUUUUUAGAGGCUUUCAGCCACCUGUUAGUAAGUAUAUUUAGUAAAGUACAAUAAAACCAAGCUAUGUGGAAGACCUUCUUGAACUUGUUCAAGACAUAUUUCCAUAUCUAUCUAAAAUUACAUUGAAUCACUUAUAAAAGAGUGUUUUUGCUGCAAGCUUUUGGGUUUUAAAUACCUCCCUAAGUCAAGUCAACCAUAACCUUCUUUAUGUUAAAAGUAUCCCCUGAUGGUGCUUUCAGAUGCAUUAAAGGUGCAAGUCAAAAUUUGAUAGUAUUUUUUUUAAAGCUGGUGCAGAGUGAAUAACUCAUGGAUUAUUUCAAUAUUUUUGUAAAAUAACAAUGUGGUAUACAAAGGUGUUACUUUUUAUAAACUUCAAAUCUUUUAAUACAUCACAUUCUCUUUAAUAACUUCAAUUUUAAGAAUUGAUCCAUGAAUUAUAUCAACUAACUUCUGCAGGUUGAUAUAAACAUGAUUUUCACACUUUAUGAUUUAUUUUGCAGUGUAAUGUCAUAUGAAAGCCAACAUGGGUACUUUUAGACAAUUCUAGAGCGAGUGAAUCCUGUUUCAAGUAUAGGUGGUUUGUAAAGACACCAAAGGUUUUCCAUAAGAAACAACUCAAUAUAAAUAUUUCCAUCCAUUUUAGGAGAGUGAAACAGAACUGAAGAUUUGCUGUUUUAAGCGACAUUGUCAGGAGGCAGAAAAGUUGGUGAUUUGGUAUUUUAACCUUCAUGUCCGGUGUAGUCACUGCUGUAUAUGCUGCUGGAAAAGUUCAGUUGUUCCUUUUAUUAUAUUUGUAAUAUAUGAAAUAGCAGAGGUUACACAGUACAUGUUUCUUUGUAUGCAUUCAGUUAGCCAUUUUUAAAGUUGAUUUUUUUUUUUAUUAUUGGUGAAAUGUUUGACACCUGCUUUCUUUGCUGGGGCAAGAUCCUUAAAAUAAACUGUUUGUAAAAGUGCAGGAA